GUACUGUAUAAUCUACAUUUCCUUCGAACAAACUUUUCAAUUUGUCAUUGUCAAAAGGACAACCAUAAAAAACAAAAAUUCUCUUUGGAUUUAUCUGUCAAACAGUGAUCAUGGCUCCGCGGUUCGAGAUCGCAGUUGGUCUGCGAAAAGGCCACAAAACAACUAAAAUAUCUGCUGGUAAGAAGGGCAUUACAGAUAAAGCCAUCAGGAUAAGGCCAGCAAGACUAAAGGGUCUUCAAACUAAACACUCAAAGUUUGUGAGGGACCUGGUCCGUGAGGUGGUAGGACAUGCACAGUAUGAAAAGAGGGCUAUGGAGUUGCUCAAGGUGUCGAAAGACAAGCGUGCGCUCAAGUUCUUGAAGCGCCGUCUCGGCACACACAUCCGUGCUAAGAGGAAGCGUGAGGAGAUGAGCAAUGUGCUUACCCAGAUGCGUAAAGCCGCAGCACAGGCACACCACACCACCACACACACUAAGUAAAUAAUAAAACUUAACUCUUA